AUGCGGAGGACCCCGCUCCUCGCGCUCCUCGCGCUCCUCGCGAGCGCGACGCUGAUCACCGGCGCGCUCGCGGUCGAGUCUCUCCUCGCGCCGCCCGAAGACGUCGACGCCGCGACCGCGUCGCGCCCUAAAGCCCUCCUCAGCGUCCACGUCGCCGGCGUCACGGCCGAGCGCGCGCUCGAGGACGCGUUCGGCCACCGCGUCGCGGCGGCGACGCAAGCUGUACUGCGUCGGAGAAGAAUCGCCGGCGACGCGCGACUCGCCGCGGACGCCGUCGACGCGUUGCGCGACGGCGACGACGGCGUCGGUCUUCUCUACAGCGACCUCACCGGCGACUGCGACGAUCACGACGGCGCGGUGCUGUGGCCGGGCGUCGGCGCGGCGAUCGCCGAGAUCGCGACGGCGGCAAACGCGACGGCGGCGGCGCGCGCGAUCGAAUUCGACGCGGAGGAUCUUCUCGGGCGCGUUCUAGUAUCACACCGAACGACCCUCGGCGGCGGCGGCAGCGGCGUCUUCGCGCUCCCGAAAGGCGGCGGCGCCGCCGCGAUCGACGACGCCAUCGGCGAGCUCGUCUGCUUUCACAUAAACGUGGACGCGGCGUUUAAGCACGAUGCCGCGAGGGUGACGAAGAUAGGAGGAGGCGCCGGCGCGCGGAAGAAGGCGCCGGCGACGGCGACGCGGACGCGGCCGCCGCGGUUGUUUCGCGCGACGCUGACGGCCGCCGAGAAGGUUCGACGCGUGCACGGCGCGCGGUCGUCGGAGUACGCCGCGUCGGUUCGUCUGACCGCCGCGGCGGUUCGCAUCGCGAUGGAGAAACUCUCGGACGCGAGGCGCGGCGAGGCUGUCGGCGUGAUGACGUUCCCGGGGGAGGACGAGGUGGAGGCGAGGGCGGAGGCGCGGCGACGAGCGCUGAAAGCCGCGGAGGACGAGGCGGCGGAGGCGGAAAAGGAGGCGGAGCGGUCGCGGCGCGCGUCGACGGCGUCGAGCGCGGUCGUCGCCGCGCUGUUUCUGUUCUCGAGCGUUUGUCUGGGGAUGGUCGCGCUGUGCGCGAUGAAGUUUCCGAGAGACGCGCUCCUGUGGCCGCCGGAGAAGGCAUGGGAGAAGGAGGACUAG